AUGAAAAUGAGGAACACUGGAAAUUUGCUUAAAUGGACACAAAACUCCAAUAACAAAUCUGCCAAAGGAGGAGGUAAGUCAUAUUUUUAUUUAACAGGAAAAAAAAAUAUUUAUGGUAUUCAAUUCUUUUUUCUUUUAAAGAAAACCGAAAUUGGAUUCAUCCUCCUGAAGCUUUACAAAAAGGUCAUAUUGCGUACAUUGUAAAGGUAUUAAUUGGAAAUUUCUAUAAUAUGUGUAGCAGUAAUUUUAUUUAGUAAUUGUAAUUUACAGUUUUUGGGAAAUGUCGAUGUAGACCAACCGAAAGGUUUUAAUGUAAUCAAAGACUCUAUCAGAAAACUGAAAUUUAAUCAGCAAGUACGGAAAGCUGAAGGUUCAAAAGUACCAAAAGUUGAACUUACAAUAAGUGUCGAAGGCGUGGCACUUCAAGACCCAAAAACAAAAGUAGAAUUACUACUGUUAUUGGCUUUUGAGUUCUUGUCCGGUGUAAAUACCUAUUAUUUUUCCCAUAGGUAAUAAUGCAUCAAUAUCCUUUGCACAGAAUUUCUUAUUGUGCUGACGAUAAGGUGGACAAACAGUUUUUCAGUUUUAUUGUAAAAGAUUCAAAUGAAUCUGAAAGACACACUUGUUUUGUAUUCAUGAGUGACAAGUUAGCUGAAGAGAUCACUCUUAGCAUUGGCCAAGCUUUUGAUCUAGCAUACAAGUAUGUUAUAAUAUUAUCUCAAAAGCAAUAAUAAAUUACUUGGUGUUUUUCACUUCAGCUAUAUGCUAGCAAAUUUAACUUUUGAUUGAUUAAUUAUUAGUAGAACCUAUUUAAUAUUUAUUUAACAUACUUUGAGUAGUUAUUUACAACAAAUUACUUUGUUAUAUUAAUAGUAUCCAAAAUAUUCAAUUAAAAAUGGGUAAAUGUAUUUCGCAUAAUUUAUAAAGUAUGCAAUUUUUUCGGUUAUCAUCCACUGCCUAUUUAUAUGUUUACAUUAUUAAACAUAGUAUAGACAUUCAAUAUUUAAGUGAAUUUAUUUUUGAUAUUUGAUAUAAUUACAAUUAUAUAAUUGAUUUGAUAAUAAUUUAGAAUUUUUAAAAUAACUUUGUUUUAUACACUUUUAAGUGUCAUAUUUAUAUUUUUUGUGUAAUUGGACAUAUUGAGCACAUAGUUAUGUGAGAAUUUAAUUCAUUGUAGUAUAUUAAGUAAAACAUAUUUUCUUUAUCUGUUAUUAGUGUGUUUGGUACACUGUACAUUUAUUCAAUUUUAUAAUUGGAAAUUUUAAAUUUGCAAUAGCUUAUAAUAUUAUAUUUAGUUGUUGAUGGACCAUAAUUUAUUAGACAUUGAUCAGAACUCAAAAGUUAUUUCUCAAUAUCUUCCUGUAUAUGUUAAUAUGCCCUCGAGUGCCAUAUUGUUCUCUCAAUCAUAUUACUCGUCAACUGAGAGAGAUUGGUUCGAUUCUCAGUCUAGCUGCCUGAUUUUUAAUGCUAUUUUCAAGAUAAAUUAGUGUUUUAUUUGUUAAUUUAUGGUGUGCAUAUUUAAGAUCUGAUUGUGAACAAAUCUUUAUUAAAAUAAUAUAAUAAUUUGUAUAGUGUUUGUUUAAUAGGUUUUUUUUUUUCUACAGUUAUGAUUUUAUUUGUCAUCUGUCAAACUGACAACACUAACAUAAUAUUAAUUACUGUAUAUAUUUUAAAUUGUAGUUGCAUGCUUUUUUUAAUACAUAUAUAUAUAUAUAUAUAAUUAACAAUAGUGUGUAAAAAAUGAUUAAUAAUGUUCAGUUAUCUGCACGGUUGAAAACAUUCAAAUGCCGAACUCUGUCUAGCCUACUGAAGUCGUGCCUUUUAGAAUUAUUUAAUUUGUAGACAGAAUAAAUGAAAAGUACUAGUAGAUUAGAUACUGCAGGGUGGUUAAGCUUUAUACAACGACAACAAAUGAUAUCUACAAUAUUACAAAAAAAAAACCUAUACACUCAAAUUUAUGUUGCUUGUUCUCUUAAAAAUUAUUGUUGGCUAAUGCCAUAGAUAUGUAAAACAACUAGAUUUCCGACUCGAUCUUAUCAAUGACCCAUGGAUAUCAUAUUUGGCUAAGCUGGUAAAACAAAUUGACAUUGAGACUUAUAUUAUAUUUUAUUUUUGUCUAUCAAAUUUAAAUAAUCUUUGUUGUCAAUGUCUAUUUUGCUAACUUGGCAAAUGGGAGAUUGUACAUCAAAACUACAUGUUUUACAUGGAGUCUUUUAUCUAGUUGUUUUAUACAUCUGUGGUCAUAGCAAAUAUUGAUCACCCUGCAAAGUAAAAAUAAAUAGUUAUUUUAAAGGAAAAUAGUAAUGUCGGAUUGUUAUUGUGGUAGGUGGCCCAGCAAGCCGACGAACAAGCCGACUUUCAGAGCUCGGCAGUUGGAUGUUUCAAAACCUCUGCCAAUCUAUAUGUCUGAUGAUUUGCCUGACCUGCACGAAUGUACAGAAUUAAAGCGCGCCGUUCCCCAAAUGCCUAGUGGUAUGGAAAAAGAAGAAGAGUCUGAACAUCAUUUACAACGUGCUAUGGUAGCUGGAAGUGUCAUACCUACACCUGAUAUAGCUAAAUUAUUAGGUGAUGAUCUAAAAUGGCACGAUCAAACAUACCCACCAAAUUGCCACCCGCCAAAACAGCUAAUACAUAUAACACCUUUUACUAUGGAACAGGAUGUUCCAGAAUAUGAUUAUGACUCUGAAGACUUAGAAUGGCUUAAUACUACUGGUAAAUCAAAUGGUAUUACAGCUGAUAAACUUGAAGAGCUUGUUGACAAAUGGGAAAAACAUAGUACUUAUAAUAUUAUUGAUUUAGCUGAUGCUAAGGCAUUAACUAAAGAUGAUGAAGAUACCAUAUUAAUGAUUUAUGAUUUUUGGUUGAGGAAAAGAGUACGUAUAGGUCAUACUUUAUCUCCAGCUGUACGCACUGAACCAAUAGCUGGUGCUCCUCCUAAUGAUUCAUAUGUAGCUUUCAGAAAAAGGCGUGAUAAAAUCCAAACUAGAAAGAACCGUAAAAACGACGAAGCAUCAUAUGAAAAAAUGUUAAAAUUACGUAGAAAUUUAGCUAGGGCAAUAGAAUUAAUGGCAAUGAUUCAACAGCGAGAAACUAUUAAAAAACAAUUAGUUCAAUUAACUCUUGAUACAUACAAAAAACGUUGUAAUUUACGUGACUUUGAUGGCCAACUUUACAAGGAUGUGGAAUUAGUGAAAGCUGUACGACAGGCAUUUACACCAAUUUCAACCAAUCAUUUUAUGUCUGCCAUGUGGAAACAAGGUGAUAUGAAAAAAAAUUCUACAAAUGCUAAAUAUCAGGACUCAAAAAGAGAAAAAAGGCAUUAUAGGAAAAGAAAACAUAAGUCUUAUGAUAUGGGACAUUUAAGUUCUGAUGAAGAAAUGUACUCUCCGCCACAUAAAGUUCAAAAUGUUGAAGAAGGUGGUGGAAAAUGGUCAUUCCGUCGAAAUAAACAUUGUUCUUAUCUAGCCCCUAUUAAUUCUCCUGAACCUGUAGAUCCUACAUUUGGAUUUCAACCAGUUUAUGUAGAAAAAAAUAGAAAAUAUAAAUCUUUAGGUUUAUGCAGGCCAAGAUAUGGUAGAGGUGGAAGAAUUGUUUUAGAUCGUUACACUAAUGAUGAUGACCGAUGGGCAUCAUUAGACUAUAAUAUAAUCGAACAAAAUCAAUAUGAAAUGGUUGAGUUCAAACACUAUUCAGAAAAUGAAUUGUCUGAUUACUUUAGUGACUCGGAUAUUAAUUGUCCAUUAAUGGAAGUAAACAGUGAAAUACAACGAAAUAACACUACGGUAGAAUUUGAUUGGGAUAAUUUCGAACCAGAAGUAUUGCAAGGUGUAGCAGAAAUGUGUAAAAUUGAAUAUGGCGACAUAGCUAAAGAGAAAAAUGAACAAGGAGAAUCUAUAUUGGAACGAUGGGUGAACCAAAAUCAACCUCACACCAGUGAAUCUACUUUAACAUUGGGAUCAGAUUCUGAAAUCGUGGGAUGUUCACAGUUUAGAACAACUGAUAUCAGUGAACCUAGAAAAUUAAGAUCCACUAAUUGUAUAUCAUUAAAAAGGCUAUUAAAAUGUGAUACUGAUCCCCAUUAA